UUCAAAUUACACACAUGAAAAACGCAGCAGGCCAGGCAGCAUCUCUAGGAAGAGGUACAGUCGACGUUUCAGGCCGAGACCCUUCGUCAGGACUAACUGAAGGAAGAGCUAGCUUACAUGAAUCGUUUCCUGUUCUCUGUGAAGGAAAAGCAUUUACUUUCAAAGUGGUUUUCGAGAACUGCCAUGCGUGGUUUGUGCCAUGAGCUGAGGAUUCCAGUUCCCUGGGGCCACAUUGCGGCCAAAGCCUGGGGGCGCCCCGAUGGGCAGCCCGUGCUAUGCCUGCACGGCUGGGCAGAUAACGCAAACACUUUCGAUCGGCUCAUUCCGCUGCUCCCAGACGAUUUUUAUUACAUGGUGCCGGACUUUCCAGGGCAUGGGGUCUCGUCACACCUUCCUCCUGGUGUAAUGUACCAGGUACCGGUAUACGUAUUAGCUGUGCGGAGAGUAACAGAGAACUUAAACUGGAAGAAAUUCACCAUCUUGAGCCACAGCUUGGGGGCCAAUGUCGGAGGACUGUUCUCCGCAGUUUUCCCGGAGAUGGUGGAUAAACUGAUCUUGCUGGAUUCAUAUGGUUUUACCCCGCUUACUGAAUACACACAAGAAGAACAACUUAAGAAUGCAUUCAAUGAUCUUAUAAAGCUGGAGAAGGAGCAGGGACCGCCCAGAGUGUAUACUCCAGACGCAGCUCUAAAGAGGCUUUUGCAAAGAAAUCGAUGGCUAUCAGAGGAAAGUGCCAAACUCCUGUUUCAGCGUGGCUCCAAGCAGGUACCUGGAGGUAUUGUGUUCACUAGAGAUUUGAAAAUCAAUCUGCGCUCUCCUAUAAGGAUGUCCACUGACCAGUGUCUACAGUCUCAGAAGAAUAUAAGGGCAGUUGUACUCCUUAUUUUGGCAGAGAAUGGAUUGUCUGAGGACGAAAAAAUGAAGCCCGAUUGCCCACCGUACAGUCUCUUAAUGGAGGGAUACCGGAAUGUCUUAAAGAAGUUCCAACUGGAGAAAGUCAAGGGAGGUCACCAUGUCCAUUUGAAUGAGCCGGAGCGAGUCGCAGGAAUAAUCAGCGACUUCCUGAAGAUGAAUAUCACUCCCAAACUAUGAGGAUAGACUGUUGUGAGGUUGUAUCGAGUUUGAAAGAGGAGAUCACCCACAGAGGACACUACAAGAUCAGUUACUUGUCCACCAGAAAUACAGCUCGUCAAUAACUAGCUGUGUGCACUAAGAAAUAUUAAUGGCAAUGAUGCGAAAUUAAUCAGUAGUUUAAGAAGAUUUGAAUUAUUCUGGGGUACUUGGGCAAUGAAGACAUCACCCAGCAAUAGUGGGGAUGGUGGUGAAUGGUCUGGGGUUUUGACUCUUGUUCAAGGUUAGAAAAAUUCUAUCCUCAAUUUUUCACAUUAAUUUCACUCAGUGUUUUAAAAGGUAUUGACGAUUCUAUGACAGUGAGUUUCUGAGGCCACCAUUACUAAAACAUUGCAGUACAUUUUAGUUAUUACCUAUUACAGCACCCUGACUACACCAGUUUGUUUAAAACCUUCUGAAUUCAAUAAAAUGGUUUGCAGAUCAAUGUACAUUUUUUCACAUGGGAGCAGGUUCAACUGAGCUUGAUCAAUGUUUUGGCUCAUUCCUUAGACCCUGACUGCGAACCGUUUUCUGUUUUAAUGAGCAAAGACCCUGCAACAUGUCCACAGUCCCACUCCCCACCCCACCAAAAUUAUCCAAUCCCCAGGAGAGGCAAGACACCGGUUUGAAAACCCUGAGCAGUUUGAAGAAAAUAAAUUGGAGAAAUCUUUCUUCGACUCACCUAGCUAACUGAGGCUCAUGAUCCAAGACUUUGUCUUUGAUCUCCACCGACUGGGAAGGUCCCAGUUAGUUGGGGGGAGGGGAGAUGAAGGUGAUCAGACCCAAUAGAACUGCCCUGUGGGUAGCCAUCAUUAAAAUAAUUUAGUACAUUUUAUUUUUUUUAAACCAGUGGGAGAUAGUUCCAGACACUGUGGCCCAGUGUCUCCUUCACGGGAGUGGGAAGGAAACACUGGGCUAAGACAGGAGAGCUGAAGCAGGUAACUGAGACUACAAAGCAGGAGUUUAGUGAAAACAUUCCAGAGACCAAGGCAGAGGUAGGGUCGGAUAUUGCUGGAGGUAAGAAAGUGUCCCCUCACCAACUCAGCAGGCUAAGAACUCCCUGCCCAACACUGAAGACGUUGGUCCCAGACAGAUUGUCCAUUUGUUACUUGAACUCACUAGGAACAGAGCCUCAAACACCAUUCAGUUAAAUCAUGGCUGCUUGUAAACUAACAGUAAUAAUAAUGGAUAGCUCACAGUCUCCAAACUAGCUCUGCAGUACACAGAACCCUCAUUAGCAUCAAUCUGUUUUCCCAGUUUUAGGUUGACCUGCUGCCUCUAUUUGUUUUAGGCAGACGAGUUGCAAGUUUCUACUGCUUUCUGUGUGAAAAGGAGCUUCCUUACUGGGCUGACUCCUGUCCUAAGUCUGAAGUGCUUGAUUUCUGAUAAGCAAAUGUUUUGAUACAACACAUCCCCAGUAACGCUCUGAUUAUGUCCCCUGGCAGAUUAAAAGCACGUCACCCUGAGCUCAUUGUUAGGUCACGGCCAUUUGACGGCUGCUGUUUAAGCAGUGACAGUGAAGAGCAGGAGAAAGAGGGACGACCAGCAAUGCAGCAGAGAACAAUUACAGACAUCUGAGAAACGGCAGCAAGGAAAAAUUGUGCUUAGUCCAUCAGACCGUAAAACAUAGGUGCAGAUUAGGCCAUUCAACCCAUCGAGUAUGUUUUAGCAAUCGAAGAUAUCUGAUUUAUUUUCCCUCUCAACUCCAUUCUCUUACCUUCUCCCUGUAACCUCUAACCUAUUCAAGAACCUAUUUACCUCCGCCUUAAAUAUACCCAGUGACUUGAUAUCCACAGUUGUCUGUAACACUGAAUUCCACACAUCCACCACCCUCUAACUAAAGAAAUUCCUCCUCACCUCUGCUCUAAAGAGAUGUCCCAUUCUGAAGCCAUGCCUUCUGGUCCUAGACUCUCCCACGACACUGGACAGCAAAGAUUUUGCUUCCUGAAUGCUUUUGAGUGUAUCUUACAGAUUUUGGGCCACUGAUCAUGAAAAUCACCAUGAAAUCACACACCCUUUUUGUUAAAUUCCCUAUAUUUGUUAUUUUAGUUCCUAAUUCAAGUCAAAUUAAAUGCUGCUCACAACGUAAACUGAAAAGUUUUCUAUGUUGUCCGGGCAUGCUUAGGCAGGGAGGAUGUUAUAAAAGCAUCUCACACACACACACCGCUCUAUGCAUUGCGCUUACAUGUAUAUUGAUUUGCAAGCUCUACAUACAAAGCAUAUUAUGUGUAGUCAUUAUAAUAAACUAAGUGUAUUUUCAGAAAUACUCAUGAUAGCAAAAUGUCUUGCCAGUGUUGCAACAGCCACGAUAUUUCCUGUUAUAUUUGUGGCGAGUAUAUGCUUAAAUGUCAAAGAUGGAGCAUGACUAGUCUUAAGAAAGCCUAUGAGCUUUAUUUGGGUGUAUGACCUGUUACGUACCCCGUAACUGGGUUGCCAAACCAGCAGAAAUGGAUCACUCAGUUGGAGUCUGGAUUACUAGAACUAAGAAAGUUUUAUUAAAGAAACAAGCAACACAGUACUCUAAUCGAAAGGAUAAUAAAUGCAACAGUUCAGCAAUGAUAAACACCCAUGUACACAGAAUUAAGAUAACAGGAUCAACCAAGCUCUAUCGUUGUCUAGGGGUAAAUGACCAAUUUCAAAGUGACACAAAGUCCAGUUCAAUUUAGUUCAGUUCGCAGUAAUCGUUGCCAUGGCAAUGGACAAUGUGGGGGGAAGGAGAGAGAGAACGGGAACGACUGAUCAUUCAGAACGGCUUCCACUCACAGACCUGCGAUAUUGCUCACAAGCAGCUUUCGGGCCUGUCCUCUGUGAUGUCACCUGGGGUCACCGACUGUGACCCCUCCUCCAGAUGCGGUCGAUCCUCUGCAGUGAACCCGGCACCCAAGCAAGGGCGGACACACACCGGGUUCCCGCUGAUCGUACCUUUCCACCCUGUACGUCUAAGGCUGAUCCCGCGAUCAGCUGUCUAAGAGCUUCCCACCGACUUGUGAGAGGUGCACCACUUCCAGGGUCUCGUUACCUCGGGGUGUCGUGUGUGUCCUGCCUUAGCGAACCUGUCCCUUUUUAUCCCCCUGCUGGGGUAUAGCCUGUCCAUCACUUCAAACAGUUCAGGGUUCAAAGGGGGAGCCGCUCUAGACAGCUCUCUCUCCCGUCCCUUCAUUACACAUCUCCAGGUCGCCUGUCCAGCACUUCAAACAGUUCAGGGUUCAAAGGGGGAGCCGAUCUUGAUAAUACCCAGACUGAUGGCUCCUUCAUUAACAUCUCCAAAUGCUGCUUCAUUGUGUUCCUUAUCUCUCCCUCCCCUGAGGACAGGUGGCAGACCAACUGCUGAUGCCACUGGUGCUAUCCCAGGCCAGCAAACAUCUUAAUUUAUGUGUAUUCUCAUCACAGACCAUACACUUCCCUACACUCUAUUCCCUUUGCCACUUCUUGGCCAAUUCUCCUAAUCAGAUCAAAUCCUUCUGCAGACUCUCUGUUUCCUCAACGCUACCUGCCUCUCCAAACUUGGCUACAAAGCCAUCAAUUUCAGCAUCCAGAUUAUCAGCAUAUAACGUCAAAAGAAGUGGUCCCAGACCAACCUUUGUGGAGCACCAUUAUUUACCAGCGGCCAACCAGAAUAGGCCCCUCUAUUCUCACUCUACCUUCUGCUGGUCAGCCAACUUUCUGCCCAUGCUAGUAACUUCCCUGUAAUACGAUGGACUCUUACCUUGGUUAGCAACCUCAUGCAUUAUCAAAGUUCACAGGCGGCUGACUGAACAAUGGAAAAUGCUCAUGUACAUAAGGUCACUCUGCACUUUGUUACGAUGUUAUCAGAAAGUCCCAAAACAAUUCAAGGUCAUGCUGAUUGAAGUAUUUGUGUUAGCUGUAGAUUGGCAAUUUGAAUUCCUUAAUUACAAGGUUAUUUACACUUCCAGAGAGUUAUUUCUAAACAUAGAAACAUAGAAAAUAGGUGCAGGAGUAGGCCAUUCGGCCCUUCGAGCCUGCACCGCCAUUUAUUAUGAUCAUGGCUGAUCAUCCAACUCAGAACCCCGCCCCAGCCUUCCCUCCAUACCCCCUGACCCCUGUAGCCACAAGGGCCAUAUCUAACUCCCUCUUAAACAUAGCCAAUGAACUGGCCUCAACAGUUUCCUGUGGCAGAGAAUUCCACAGAUUCACCACUCUCAGAAACUCUUUCAGGUGUAGCACUUGAAAUUCUGUGAUUAUCCGGAUCUGGUCUUUGCCUGUUAACAGUGAGGUUGAUUAUUAGCUUAAGCUUUUUGCUCUGAAACUUAAUAGGUUUCCUUCAAAAGGUAACCGGAACCAUUCACUGACCCGAGAAUUGCUUCUGGAAAUGAAGCAGCAGAUAAUCUGCUCCAUGUUGCCUGGCCAAUGAAUCUACUUUGGUGCUGCUAAUCAGGUGGGGGGGGGGCGGGUGAAUGCUAACAUAGAACUCCCUACUUCUGGUUAUGCAUUACAGGGCGGUCUGUCUCUCUACCAGAGAAAGAUGACAGCAACCAAGUGGUGGACAAUAUGCCCAGUGAGAAGCCUUGUAGAAAUGGUAGAGAUGUAUGAGAAUACCUAGGAAAGGAGCCCAGGUUAUAUGGAGCUGAGCUUGCUCUCCAUAGAGCAAAAAAGGUUCAAGAGAGAUUUAAUGGAGAACAGAAUACUUGUGGAUCUACGUUUAGAGAGAAAAUGUUUGCAGAAAAGAGCAAUGGAGUUGGUCUUUUCCCUCUGUGAUCAGCUUCUUGGCACAUCUCUCCCCAGACUCUGCCUGUCUGCAUCGUGCUGUUGUCAUCUGCAUACCAUACCAGUUCAGUGCCUCUGCCCCAGCCUAAGUUCACCUGAGAUAUGAGAAUGACUGUGGGUGUUGUGUGGAAAAUACAGAAGCCUAGUCUAAUCCAUGAAUCUUCAUUCUUAUGAGAAGCUGGCUGGAUGGAGAUGAGAAGGAGAAAAUGCUGGGAGUACUUAGCAAGAUGGGCAGCAGCUGUGGAGAAAGAAUCUAGAUGAAUGAUAACACUGGACAGCCGCAGGCGAAGACCAGUUAGCCCAUUCACUGCUAUGCAAUUUGCCAAGAUCAUAGCUGUCACUUUCCCUCAGUUCCAUUUUCUUGCAUAGUCCCCACGUUCUUAAUAUCCAGAAAUCUAUCCAGCUCUGUUUUAAAUGAGUUAAAUGACUGAGUCUCUACAUUCCUAAAGGGUAGAGAAUUCCAAAAUUACACUGACUUUUUGUGGUACAAAGAAAGAGCAGCAAGAAAUCUCAUAGAACAUCGCCACAUAUGAGAAACUUUACAAAUUAUUCUGCAUAUGCUCUGUUCUUCCAUUUGCCAAUAUUUCCCUGAAGCCUCCUCCCUACAUCUUCCUUCCUGUCUGGUUUUGUUUCAUCAGCUAACCUUCAAAUAUAAUGUUUGGUCUCCACAGGCAAGAUGUUAUUCUGAAACGUCACUUCUCCCCUUAGGGUGGGGCGAUAUUGGUCUGGUUCUGCUCUUGUCUGUCUGCUUAUAGCCAGAGCAUCACAGCCAAUGGCAUCUCCUCCAAUGCCUGCACAUUCAUCUGUUGGGCUGACUGCAACUCUGACUCCAGUUUUACCAUUUCAUCCGUAGUGUGUGCACAACACCUACCUCUGGCUCACCGUCACCCCCCUCAACUCUUCCAUUCCGAUAUCUAUCUCUGUGUGAUUGGAAAUUCCUUCCAACUGAAAUAAAUGAAUGGAAAUACUGCAAAUACUCAGCAUCAUCAAAAAGACUUGAUCCUUCCAUGGCUACAACCCAGGCUCUUUUCAGUUAGUGGUGGAGAGGAGGUCACUAAACAAACUGUUAUCCAUUAUGGUCAAUCAGGCUCAUCCUCUCCAUGACCUACUGAAUAAGCAGUGGAGCACCCUUUCGAACAGGCUCAUUCAGCUCCACUGUCACAAGGAUCGUUACAGAAAAUCUUUCCUACCAAACGCAAUAAGCAUAUACAACAGGUCAUCUCUGUGUGACAGGAGAGCACACAUCAUAGUACAAUAGUCUCAGUUUUAUUAUUGCAUGUUGGUAAAUUAUUAUUGUGUAUGUUAUUAUUCUGUACAUUAUUAUUAGUUAACUCUGCACACUGCAAAGUGUGUUUUUAAAUGUUGCUGCUGUAACAAAAGAAUUUCCCACUCGGGAUCAAUAAAGUACUUCUUCUUCCUCCUC